CCUCUUCGGCUCUCCUCGGAGGUGUAAUGGCCGAUCGCUACUGAUGGUAGAGCCGCUUUUGUCCGCGGGCGUCGGUUAGGUUUCCCUUUGAAUUAAUGCGUUGCUCAGGGAACCCGAGUCCUCCGGAAGACCUGCAUGGACAGUGUUUAAUCGCAUGAUGACCCGCGGCGCCAAGUUCAGGCUCUAAAUUCCAUGGCAGCGGGCCCUGGGCCUCGCCGGUGGAGAGCAGCUUCCUAAAGUCAUCCGGAGAAGUGGACAGUCUCACAGUAUACCGGUGCGCAGAGAUGGAUGCGUCAGUACCAAUAGAGCACGUGCUGUUGAGAAUCAAGGUUCUCAACCUGGCCUACCUUACCGUCGCGCUGCCCCUAUUCACGCUGCUAUUCUGCUUCGCCACGUCAAUGUUGUUCCAGUACACCGCUGUGAAUACGACGGUUUGCAAGGUGUACAACUUCUGCCCGUCGGUGAGCGCCAUCACGGGCAUCUCGCCGCAGCGCUACAUUUGGCGCAUGGGCGUCGCGCUGCACACGGGACCCCGGCUUCUGCUCGCGUCGCUCUACCCUCGAUACUUCGCUCGCCGCGCUGCCCUGGUGGCGGCGCCAAAGCGGGCGCUCUUCUCGCGCCUGACGCGCGCCAACUACGCGCUGCACCUGGCCGAGGCCCUGUCCCUGGUCGGCGUCACGUACGUCUCGAACCGCGAGAACUACCCGGUGCACGAGAAGAUCUUCAUUGUCUUCAUGGUCUCGUCGCUGCUAUACAUGGUCGGCACGUGCCUGGCGGUGCACAUGUGCGCCCACAAGGAUGACACCGAGAUGGAACGCAAGUCGCGUCGCCUCAAACUGUCACUGCUGGUGCUGACCCUGGCGGCCAGCGCGGGCAUGCUCUUCUUCUUCUACAAACACCGAAUCCACUGCGUCGAGCUGGCGUUCAGCUGGUUCUCCAUCUGCGAGUACGUGAUCUGCCUGUGUAACAUGGCGUUCCACCUGACCCUCGUGUACGACAUCCCCAACGAGGAGCUGCUCGUCGGUCUGCCCGUGACGAAGGCCGUCUGCUCUUCUUCCUCCUCCUCUUCCCGGAAGGACCAAUGAGACACGACAUGCCGCUAGUGCCAAUGGAUGCGCGCUCUCUUCCACGCACACACCACUCACAUCUCUCUCGCUAUCUCUCUAUCUCUCUCUCUCUUUAAUCUGUCGCUCGAGGCUCGCUGUACGACUCUCGAGCGCCAAUGUACCUGCGCCCGCUCCCUCGCGUUGCCGCUCGACGCGGAGCGGCAACUACAUGGGACGCCUUUCCGGCGUAUUUCGAGCGUCCGCUUCGCGACGUCUGGCAUGAGUCGCGUUGAACCGCAAUACCUUCGUAGAAGACCGAAGAGUUAGGCUUGCUGACAAUGGACCCGCGAGAAGGGAAACUGACGACACAAUAAAACGCCGACUAUCAGCCGAAAGCUCUCACUGUCUGAAAAGACGGUAGACACACAUCUGCGCAUGCUCAAGACUGGUGUCGCUCCCAGUCCCUCUGGAACACGUGCAGGCCUACACGUGAUAUUUCGCGACACUUCGUGAGACGUUUCGUCUUGUGUACCGUCGGGUCUGCGUUGCAAUCAAUAGAAGUGGAUAUUGUCUUGAUAACAGGAGCGCAAAAUUUCAGGAAUACACGGACAAAAGCAAUGAUACGCACAACACAGCUGCUGAUCACGCAAUAAAUCAGCGCCUGUGCUCUGUGUAUCCUUCUUUGUCCGUGUUUUCCCUAAAACCUAGCGCUCCCGUUCUCAAGAUAAUGUACAGUAGCGCCCAAUAUAAGUUGCAACAUGCUGCUCGUGGUCAAAGCGGCGCCAACACUGCAUGGUGGCGCCGACAUAGGAAACAAUCACUGACGUAACGACUGUUUCGACUGCUGGUAUUUCAAAACCAAUUUCACCUUUGCUGGUGUUACAGUUAUAGUCUUGGGGCCACUGUACAACCAACAAGCCCGCCUGUACCACCUAAGAAACGGAAAAACGACAUCCCCGGCGGAACAAAAACACGAUGCACUCGAUGCGAAACGGACGCGGCGGCGGCGCUGCGUCGGAAAACGCGUUCCAUGUGGUUGUCGCCUUCAGAGAUCUCGUACGCGAGCCAGUUUUGCCGCCGCCGCAUCGGCACAGGCCUACAUCGCUGCGGGUAAUAUAUUACGAGCGGGAGGAGGUCGUGUUACAUUUAGAGUCACUGUCCAGACUAGUCACAACAUCGUUUUAGGUCACGCGUGGAGACGGCGAAGAUACGACAGAAGGGAGGAAGUCUGGGCGUGCUGGUAGUUCAUCGUACAUCAGAAACCAUCGCGCAAUAAACGAACACGAAACAAGGUGAAGACGUGACAAGCGCUUACUUUCAAACUUAGGUUUCGUUGCACAUCCCGAGCGUAUAUAAACACGCAAACAAAACUGCAGGAGGAAGCCAUACUUGCUGCGUAAGCAGAAAGAAGGAAAAAGGGAGGCAGGAUAGAGCGCAGUCUUACGGCACGGUUGAGGCAUCCACCGAGAACCGACGCCAGGCAAGCAACUGAGUAGGCGAUGCGCACGGGGCCCGAUUACGCUAUCACGUUCUACGCUCAAGUGUCGCCAAGUUCUUUCCUUCUUUCUGCCUGCGCAAAAGUCUAGAUUUCAGUAUGAACCACCUAGUCCGCAAAUAAGUAUUGCUACAAGAAGAAACUACUGGCAGAAAAUGAAGAAGGUAAAUGGACACGUGUCGUCUACGUCAAAUGAUUAAUCAAGCUUUUUUUCUCAAUUUUUUUGGCUUAGACGACAUGUGCUCAUUUGCCUUCUUUCUUGCUAUCAAUUGUUGUCUCUUGCAGUUUCAGAUGCGUGUUUACAUGUGCUCAGGAUCUGCAAUAAAACCUUAGUUGAAAGUAAGUGCUUGUCCCGCCGUUUACUGCGCGAUGGAUUCUGAAGUUCGAAGAUACAACCCCAAGCGUCGCACGAGCGCCAGUGGUGUUUAGCGAUUCGAUAACGCGUCAUGCGCGCGUGGACGUCCUCGUAGACCAAAAAACAAGAAAACGCAACUUCCACGGAAGGGUGCGCGCCUCCUCAUGUCUCUUCCCGGCACUCGGUAGCGUGCCUCUCUUCUACCUUCAUCGUCGUCAUUUUUUUUUUCUGUAAUGGCGUGGGUGGGUGGUUGGGAUGGCGACGCGAGUUUUCUGCUCAAAAGAGACACUCCUCUGACAAUAAAGACGGCUUUUGUCCAA